UACAUUUUUCACAUUCACACGCCAGACGCACGCGGAGCCAUGGGAGAUGGUAAUCGGCGGAGUCCACCGCUUCUUCCGCUGCUUGGACACCCCAGGAAGGGAAAUUAAACUUUACAAGACAACUAAUGGACAAUCCUCCCCACAGAUGGUAACAAAAAAUAAUCCAGAUGGGGUGCAGGUGCUGUAAAAUGAUACAAAGCUAUCUCUUUGAUCCAGUUCAUACGCCACCUGCUGGUUAUAUCAAUGAAGUAAACAGUUACAAGCCAGAGGAAGAAGAUGGCAUCAAACUCAAGGGCAAAGAGAACAGUGAAAUACUAGUACAUAAAAAUGAGCUUCAGAAUGAGGAGCUACAGAGGACUGAAACCAAAAACAGACUAAAUAGCACACAGGAGCCGUUUUGGCAUCAUCGAGGACCUCUGAUCCACGAGGAUCAUGCAGGUAACUCCGUGACAAAGACUGACACUACACUCAAUGAGAUUGGUUCCAGUACUGCUCUGUCCCUCGAUGUAAAUCCCAGUCUUAGCCAAGGAGAAGAAAUCCCUCCCCAUGAGAGUGGCAGUGGGUCUUUGGCUAGUGCUGCAAGUGAUGGAGACCCUCUUGAACACUUGGUUAAAGAAAGUGACCCAGGGACAAAAGAUCCUAUGCCUCAAGCUACAGAAGAGACUCAGGUCAUCCUAAAUGGAGAUUCCCAAGCUUCAGGAGAAGGUGCAUCCUCCCCAGGAAGUAACCACGUGUUAGAAGUCCAAAACCACAUCAUACCGCUACCAGUCCGUGACUAUCCUCAUGUUGAGGUGCAAGUGAUAAACCAGAUUGUGGAUGAAAAUUAUUGUUUUCUGAAUAAUCACAUCCAGGUUGAGCCAAUGGACAGAGUGGAUUAUGCAAAUGGAGAUCACAUCUCAGACCUGUCUUUUUCUAAAAGGAGAAGCUGGGAUUCACUAAACGAAGCCAUUAAGACUGAGGCCUUAACUAUUGACUUUAAUGAGGAUGUAUCUGAACAUGACUUUGACUGGAGCCCUGAACAGGAGGAUGCUGCUGUAGCGGAAGCCCUUGCAGCCCUAGAGGCCGCCACUGCAGGAGAGGAUGGUGAAGAGGGGUACUAGAAGGAAAGGGUUACCUCAUCCAUCAGUUAGUAGACUCAUUUCUCCUAGUUACCUAUAGGGCCAGAUCCUCCAGCUACUGCCUGGAGGGAAACUGAACAUUGGGGAGGCUCAUUAGUUCCUUUGGACAAGAGUCUGUCAUUCAGGUCAUUAAAGUCAUAAUGCAUUAAAUCAAACUGGACCAGCUUGAAGCUUAUGGUGAUAGCAAAUGUAGAAGGAGAGUCAACAAACUUAUCUCAGCACUUAGCCCAGUGCCUGGCACAUAGUAGGUGCUUAAUAAAUACUAGUUGACUGAUUGACCAAUCCCCAAAUCCCAACUUAGGCACAUUUCCAGUAAAAUGAAAAGGAUCUGUGGUAAACAGAUUAUUUAAGGAAAAAAAAAAACAAAACUUUGAAAUCUCAGCACCUUCUCUUCCUCCAACAAAAAGCACAGCAAAGUCUCAUCAAUUACCAAACACUAACCUGGUCUUUAUUGAGCCAAGGCUGGGCCAGCCUCUUCUAAAUCAUAUCCUUAUGAUCUAAAAGAGCUAAUGCAUUCCUUGGAAGUAUCUAAUGUUUAUCCAGAGCAUGGCUUACUUUCAAACAGGAAUCGGGUCCAUAAGUAAUCAUUUACUAUUUUUUGAUCUAGUUAAAAUGGACAGUUUUGGAGGUAAAGCAGAAUUAAUCCACGAAUAAAUGAUUAGCCCUCAGUUGGGAUAUUUCAGACACUUUGACCUUAACUUUUUUUCACCUUACUAUACCUAUCUCUUUUAAAGACUGAAGACAGGAUUCCAAAUAGUAGCAUUGUAUGCUGUUAUCCCUCAGAUUUUGUUUAAACUUGUUUGUUGGCCUCAGAGGGAAGAAUUAGCAGUGAUGGGAGGAGCUGGAAAGUAGCAAAAGUCUCAAUGGAAAGAAAAGUCUGAAGAGAACUAUAUUUAAAAUUGGAAGGGUUGGCUUUGGGAGGGAAGAGGGUGCCAUCACUGGAGGUCUUCAUGCAAAGGCUAGAUAACCAGUCACUUGUUAGAAGAGGGUAUUAUUGUUAAGAUGCAAGUUGGACCACAUAGUCCUUUUAAGUCUGGGAGCGUGUGUGUGUGUGUGUGUGUGUGUGUGUGUGUGUGUGUGUGUGUGUGCAUGCAUGUGUGGGCACUGAGCUCUACUUAAGGGGAGAGUGGGCAAGGCUAAUUUUCCCCUAGCUAUCUAAGUAUCAAAGCUCCUUGAUAUUAUCAGAAAGUAUUAAGAAAUAGUAUGUGUAUCUAGGUAGCUAAUAGAAAAGUUGCUCUAGGAAAACCAGCAAAGGGAAGGCAGAUCAAAUGAAUUUGUUCAUCCCAGUUCUGGGAAAGAAACAAGUUCCUUGAGUUCACUUCCUUUCUUUGCCACUGACACAUUAUGUGGCCCCCUCCCUCCUACUCUUCAAUACUUAAAAAAAAGCUAUUUGUGUGAGGGUCCUACUUUAUAAACAUCCAGGAAUCUUGAUAUACCUCACAAGUUUGUGGUAAAGCAUUUAUAAUAGUAAACAUAUUUUGGAAAAUGGCAGUGUUCAAUGAAAACUUAAAACUUUAAAAAUAAACCAUGUACACCACCCCAAGUCCUAGUAUUGAGAAGGUCACAUGUACAUCUCAGUCAAUCUCAUAUACACAACUGAGUAUUUCAGGGCAAGCUAUAAUGUUAACCUCUUAAGCAGUACACCCCUUAAUGCAUAUAUUUUAGUGUUCAGUUGUCUUGUAGUAUAAUGCUCAGAUGUGUAAAAAGUACAUUGAGCCCUUGUUUAUAAAUUCAUGGAUUCAACAAACAUUUAUUAAGUACCUACUAGGUGCAAAGUAUUGUGCUGGGUGCUGGCUAUAUAAAAUGAAAAAUGACCCAACCCUUGCUUUUGAGAAGCUUACAAUCUUCUAGAAGGAUCAAUGUUAAGAAUCACAUCCUUUGGCAUGUUUGAGAGGCACCUAAAACACUAAUUGUUUACAUCUGAGUACUCAUUAAUAAAUUUACAUUACACGCAUAUUCCCUGAAAAAUUCCUCACUGCUUGGUUGUUUGUGUUUUGGAGAGAGGAGCGUGAGAUGACUUACACGUGUUUAGAAGAUCCCAUUUACAUUCAGAAUUUCCUUUCAAGUUUCUAGUUUGGACUUAGUGGAAAAGAGAUCCAGACAACUACUGAAGACCCAGUUCUGUUAAACAUGCCCUCAGGGCUGGCAAUCUCUUGAGAAACCAACAGUCCUACACACUCCCAACCAAGGGAGGUAAAAGAGAGAUCCAAAGAAGGAAGAGAGAUGAGAAAUCAUGCUGACUAACUCUCCCCAGCUCAGAUGGUGGCCAGUGGCCAGGCUCCAUUAAUGUAAUCCUUUGUCUGUGGUGCCUUUGAGAAGCCUCCUCUGUGCUGAUAGUAGGAUGGCUAUUUCUGAGCCAAGUGGGGGAGGGGUGGGCAGGGAGGAUUUGAA